CCAUUCCCCUCGCUAGGUACACUGCUGCUAUUGUCUACUAAUUCAAUUUGCAUUGGCUUAUUUUCUUUUUCUGAAAAAAAGGAAAAGACAAUCUGAAAAUAAUGCCGUUUUCAAUUUGUUCCCUGAAAAAUCUAAGCAUGGGACUAUUACGACCAAAUUUCGAGGAGCCGACGGCCAGAUUGAUGCCAGGACCGGUGACUUCUGAAGAAGAAGAGGAGUUCUCAUCAAACGAACGACGGCGUUAUAAGGCUUAUACAGUAAUGCAGAAGGCAGGAUUUCAGCAUACCGAAUACGCCCAAAUAAUGGUGCACCUGUGCCGCGCGGAGAUCCUCAUCUCGCUCAUCUUUUUGGCUCAUGGCACCACAUGCCCCGGCUACCCGACAGAAGCCGAAUACCAAUCCACGUGCCAUAUGAAUACGGUAUCAGCAAUUGUCAGCUUGCUCACCGGAGCCAUGGGAUUGGGCGCUGUGCAUAGAUAUCGGUGGAGGACCAUGCUAAUCUUGUGGCUCGUUUUUUGUAUCAUGUCGGCUGUCGGAAGUCUGCUAGCUGUGAUUACUACAGGCAUCUGGCUCGACCACUACUCAAAAAUGAAAGUCCGCACGGCAAUCGGCAACGGGUUAUCCGGUUUCAUGCUUUUGGCAUCAGUUGCUCUUGGAGUGUGCUUCAUCUUGACCGCUGUCAUGAUUUGUCAUUAUUGGAACUCCAACACCACCGGCUAUCAGCCAGUGCAGAAAAUUGCAAAACGCGCUAGAUCUCUGCGCCGUCGAUUGAGCCGAGCAAAGAGCUGUGACAAAAAAGAUGCAAGACCUCCAACCAGCAAUCCAGAAGAUAAGGGUUAUCAUAUCGUGUGAUUUUUUUUGUUCUUUUUUCUAAAUUCCAAUUCCAUUUGUUGCUCAAAACGGGUCAAUUCCAUCAUUUCAAUCCAUUCUGUGUGUCUCAAAGAAAUCAAUAAAUUCUGAAAUUACAC